CAUCUUGAUACAAGUGGCCUCACAAACAGAGCCCUUAUUGAGACCCUUCAGCUUGCUUAUGACUGCGCCCCCCUGACGGCCUGUUUGGUCUUGCUGGCCAGGUCGAUGGAUGACAGGCUAGCCAGUUCAACUCUACCAGGCUGUGGUGGCGGAAGCACUCAGGCACCUACUUCGCUUGACACGGUCCAUUACCUAAUUGCCCUACGUCGCCGACUUGCAUGGCUGCGUGCUGCUCUUGAUCAGUUCAACUUGCUUAUUUCGACUUCAUUCUGUGUGGUCAACACCGUCAGCGCCUUUUCAACACAGGAGUUCGAGGUAGGUAUUACAAUGGAGCCAACUGCUGGUGCCGGGCUUGCUGGAAGUGCACCGCCUGGUCCAUAUGUGGGCCAACACUCCAGUUCGCAAAUACAGAAGCGUCAAAUGCAUCAGCUGCAUCGGCAUCCACUGAAUUCCUCGAUUUGGCACCGAUUACCACCAUCUGUCUCAAUUGGAUCUAAAAUCCAGGGUUCACUGCAUGGCACAUCCCAGUCUGCUCUUUUGUCACCUGAGUUGCGGCAAAGUAAUUGUUUCGCCACCGAUUCGUUUUUACGAGCAACCGCCUGGAUUAGGCCAGCCAUUCGGCACGAGCUUCUCUUCAAUGAAUUAUUGGUUAAUCAAGCCCCUCUUGGGCACAGAGGUAAUGGCUAG